AUGGACUUGCCAUCGCUAGUUAACACUGAUGAGUACGACAUCAGUGAUAUGGAGUCCGCUCCAGGGAGGGGCAAGGCUGUGGCUGUAGCAGUGGAUGAUGAGGGGCCGAAGAAGUAUAACCCGGAGGAGACAUUGUGGCUGCCCAAGAACUUCAUCGACGUCUCCGAGGAUCCUAUCAUCGGCAACCAGCAGAGCGGUAAAGUGUUCUGGGAGCGGAUUGCCCAGAAAUAUAACGCUGGUCAACCAAGAGGGACGUUCGAGCGUGGCUACGUGAAGCUACGCAAGCAUUGGGGUCAGGUCCAGAAGGAGAUGUCCAAGUGGAAUGAUUACCGAGAAGAGCCUGAAGUACACCGAUGGGGCAAAACUGGCGGGAAGUGGGGUGCCGAAGAUAACCAAAGUUUCUGCUUCCGAAAACUACUCUUCGACGAAAGAGGUCCGAUAAUCGACCUCAACGUGACAGACGACGACAUCUUCAUCUCAUCCCCUAGUACUCAAAGCCGUCCUAUGGGAACUAAAUCGGCAAAGAGAAAAACAAAGGGGAAGGCAACUACAAGUUUCCCCACUAUGCCGCCGCCGCCACCCAAUCCUUCUCUGGAUAAGAUAUCCGACUCUAUGUCGGAUAUGAGUAUUACCUUGCGGAUGGGCCAUCUAAUGGAAUUGACGUUGAGGGAUACCUCGACAAUGUCGGAGUUCGACCUCGAGUUGCACCAUGAGAUGAUUGCCUACAUUUGCGCACAAAUGAAGAAGUAG